AUGACUGGACCCCAACCACCUCUUAAUGAACAAAUCGUUCAGGGAUACCAGUAUGGUCGGUUUGAACGCGGAGACCGACUUCUCCCUCAUAGGCCAGGGAGCCCAGACAGACCUACCCAAACAACCCCACCUAUUAUCAGCUAUCACUCCCCUAACUCACGUGUCGAAGACACCGAACCUCCUAACGACCGGUACCCCACCAACACCAGGAACGCCUCCCAGUCUCAAUAUACCUCAGACCUUGUGAGGUACUUCACCCGGCGGGAACUCAUCACCACUGGACUGCCACCUUUUAACGAUAGACCUGAGGACUACAGAGCAUGGAAGCGGUCUUUCCAGAGUGCCAUCAGACACCUCGGUCUCACAUACAGCGAGGAAAUGGACCUCCUCGUAAAAUGGCUUGGUAAAGAGUCAGGGGAACAUGCAAGGAGGCUAAGGUCAGCCCACCUGAACCACCCAGAAAGAGGGCUCAUGAGAAUAUGGGCCCGACUCGAGGAGUGUUACGGGGCUCCUGAAAUGAUAGAGGAUGCUCUCUUCAAACGAGUAGAUGACUUCCCCAGACUGUCAAACAACGAUCUUCCUAGACUUAGGGAACUCAGCGAUUUAGCUACCGAACUCUUGUCAGCUAGGGAAGAUGGAAACCUUCCUGGCCUCGCCUACCUGGACACUGCUCGAGGGCUCCGCCCCUUUAUAACCAAACUACCAUCCUCACUUCAGGACAGAUGGCUGUCUGUUGGUUCCGAAUAUAAGGAGCGGCACCAAGUUACGUUCCCUCCUUUUAAGGUAUUUGUAAACUUUAUUACACAACAAGCUAGGAUAAAAAAUGAUCCAAGCUUCAAAGUCAAUCCACUGGUGGGUAGGUUCCCCUCACAAGAGAGCAAACAAAGGGUGGUAUCGGUGAAUAAGACCGAAGUGUCCCCCACAGUUUUCAACACCACGCGUCGGCAAAACAAAGAUGACAACGACCCCACCCAAUAUUGCCCAUUACACAAAAAAUUCCACUCACUGUUGAAAUGCCGCGCCUUUCGAGAGAAACCCUUGAAAGAGCGUGAGACUUUUAUAAGAAACAAUGGCAUCUGUUUCAAAUGUUGCUCCUCCACAGCACACAUAGCGAAAUUCUGCAGAAUGAAUAUUACAUGCAAUGAGUGUAACAGUGAAGAACACAACACUGCUCUCCAUCCAGGACCACCACCUUGGCCCAUCAGCAUAAGAUCCGCUGCAGAGAACGGCGGGGAGGAUAACCCCCCUAUAGCUACUGGAGUGGUUUCGCAGUGCACACAAGUUUGCGGUGGUGACCUCUCAGAAAAGUCGUGCUCCAAGAUAUGCCUCGUCAAUGUUUACCCUGCCGACCAACCAGACAAAACAGUAAGGAUGUACGCCAUCAUCGAUGAACAAAGCAACCGGUCUUUGGUACGCUCAGACUUUUUUGAUACCUUUAAAAAUGAUGGGCCCAGUUUCCCUUAUUCCCUUAAAACUUGUGCCGGAGUUAUACAAACCAUGGGAAGAAGAGCGUCAGGCUUCCAGGUGGAAUCCUUAGACGGAAAAAACAGCCUUCCACUUCCAAGUCUCGUCGAAUGCGACAAAAUACCCAACGACAGGUCCGGCAUCCCAACUCCUGAGGCAGCCCUCCACCACCCACAUCUGAGAAAAAUAGCACACCUCAUCCCCACCGUGGAGCCUAAAACUCCUAUAAUGCUCCUUCUGGGGCGUGACAUUCUAAGGGUACACAAAGUGCGCCAACAUAUAAACGGCCCCCAUGAUGCCCCAUAUGCACAGAAACUGGACCUCGGAUGGGUCAUAGUCGGCAAUGUCUGUUUAGGGAAAUUUCACCCACCCACCAUAAUAAACACAUUGCAUACACAUAUAUCCGAUGGGGGACGCCCUACCCUUUUCGAACCGUGCCCGAACAAAUUCGAAAUUAAAGAGAGCUUCGGCAUCAGCAAGAGACCAUACUCCACCGAGAUGGAAGACCACCUAUUUCAACGGACCAAGGACGACGAAAGGGCGGCAACUUUUUGA